UUGUCUUCACUCUUUGACAUUUUGUACUAACUUGUGUGAGUUUGUGGAUAAUAAACCUAACAAGGGUUUAACUCUUCAAUCCAUUCUUCUCUGUGCUUACCUCUCUUAUCCAUUUCCAUGGCUUCCACAUUUCUCACCUUACCAACUCCUUUCCUUCACAAAUCAACCGCCGCUUCUUUCUCCAACUCAAAACUCUCACUUUUGAAGAGGAACUCUUUGAAGAUUAACGCAAUUUCCAAGCAAUGGGAACCAACUAAGGUUGUGCCUCAGGCUGAUAGGGUUCUUAUUCGUCUCGAGGAACUAUCACAAACAACCGCUGGUGGAAUUUUGUUGCCAAAGUCAGCUGUUAAAUUUGAGCGAUAUCUCACCGGCGAAGUCCUAAGUGUUGGUGCCGAGGCUGAAAAUGUAAAGGCCGGUGCCAAGGUACUAUUCAAUGACGUAAGUGCUUAUGAGGUGGAUUUGGGAACUGAGGCGAAGCACUGCUUCUGUAAAUCAAGUGACUUGUUGGCCGUGGUUGAGUAGGGCUGGCCACGCGAAUGAAACAGAAGAAUGAUCUUUUUGAUAUGAUAUAUUAAUGGCGAAUGUAUUAGGAGUAGAGUGAACUAUUUUCAAUCAUUGGUGUUAAAUUUUUCUCUUCAUGUCAUUAUUUCAGUUUGGUAUUCAUUGCUUGAUGUCCAAGGAAUCAAACUAUGUGGAAUUUCUCAAUUGAAUAUGAUGAUAGACUUAUAAGCACAAAAAGAAAGAUA